AUGUCUGAACAGAAGCAGCAACAUCAUAGACACGACUCACGGUUUGCCCGCUACAGGCGUGAUAUGCCCAAGCUGGUGACCGCAAGAACGACGAGCAGCAGUAGUACAAGCACAUCCGCUACUUCGACGACUGAAAGUUCAACAUCAAGUAGUACACCGUCUAACAGCUCGAGUUCAUCUUCGGGCGCAAGCAUAACGGCAAGCUCGAGCAGCAGCAGCACCACGUCAUAUCACACCUCGUCAACUAGCUCGACGGCACCCUCCUCUAUUGCCAUCUUGAAUAAAGAGAAUACGCCGUACUUACAUAGGGACACACAGCUCAAUGGUACAGUCUACAUUGCGUUUGCCAGUUGUUUGGGGGCCCUUCUUCUAGUGAUCUUAAUACUGUGGAUAGUGAUGAAUUUAAGGGCCUGGCACAACGCCAAGAGGGAGAACAACAAGAGGGACAUCGAGAAAAUGUCGUACAAUCCAGUGGACACCGCCUCGUUAACAUCAAGUUCGAUUUCUAAUCUUUCAUACUCUGACAACGGGCAGGACGAGGAUCUGGACCUUGACAUGGACGAGAAGUACAGCAGCUUGUUCAUAUCGCCGACAGACCUGAUAAGAAACGGCAACAGCAACAAAGACAUGCGGCAUGGUAAGCAACAACCCGCGUUCGCUUUACCUUCAUCCAUAAAUAUCCCAUCAACGGCAACACCGUCUACGGAGAGGAAACUGUUCAGACCCGCAAGUGUGCAUCUAGACGAGUUGCUAGACCAAUGA